CAGUUAGUUAGUGGGGUGGCGGCAGAGGGCGGAGACAAUGGCCCUGAAUGACUUCUUCGCCGGCGAGAUUGCGACGGAGCUUCUGAAAAUGCUUAUAAGCAUAUCUCGCAAGUCCCUUCUAUGUAGAACAAGUGCUGAUCAACUCAUAACUUAUAUUAGCGAAUUACUCCCAACCAUUGAAGAAAUCAAAUACUCCGGCGUGGAACUCCCGGCUCAGCGCCAGUCACAGCUCGAUCGUCUCUCGGAGAUUCUGCGCUCCGGCGUGGAGCUUUCCCACAAGGUUCUCUCUUCUAGCCGGUGGAACGUGUACAAGAACUUGCAGCUUGCGAAGAAGAUGGAGAAGCUUGAGAAGAACGUGUCAAGGUUCAUGCAGGGUCCCAUGCAGGCUCAUAUAUUGGCUGACGUGCACCACACCCGGUUCGAGAUGGCCGAGCGGUUCGACCGUGUCGACGCCUCGUGCCGGAGGUUGGAGCAGUACUUUGGGGCCAUGAAGAUUGGGGUUGGUGGUGGAGGGUGGGUUGAGGAGGCUGUGAGGAGUAUGGAGAAGGAUGAGACUUGGGUUGAGGGUAGUUUUGGGAAUUUGGGUGUGGGUUUGGCUUUGGGGAAGAAGAAGGUUAUGGAUAUGAUUAUUGGAAGAGAUGAUGCUUGGGUUGUUGGGAUUUGUGGGAUUGGUGGAUCUGGUAAGACCACUCUUGCAAGAGAGGUCUGUAGAGAUGAUCAAGUUCGAAGUUAUUUCAAGGAGAGAAUCUUGUUCCUGACUGUCUCACAAUCCCCAAAUGUGGAGCAGCUCAGGGCAAAGAUUUGGGGGUAUAUUAUGGGGAACGAAAGCUUGAAUGCAAAUUAUGUGGUUCCCCAGUGGAUGCCACAAUUUGAAUACCGAAGCCAAGCUCAAAUCCUGAUUGUUCUUGAUGAUGUAUGGUCACUGUCCGUGCUAGAGCAGCUUGUCUUUAGAAUACCUGGUUGCAAAUUCGUUGUUGUGUCCAGAUUCAAAUUCCCAACAAUUUUAACUGCAACUUAUGAAGUCGAAUUGCUGAGUGAAGAGGAUGCCUUGUCUUUGUUCUGUCACCAUGCUUUUGGACAGAAAUCAAUCCCUUUUGCUGCAAAUGAGAAUUUAGUCAAGCAAGUUGUGGCUGAGUGUGGAAGGCUUCCUUUGGCUCUUAAAGUGAUUGGAGCUUCUUUGCGAGACCAAACUGAAAUGUUUUGGUUAAGUGUUAAAAACAGGCUAUCUCAAGGCCAAAGUAUUGGGGAAUCCCAUGAAAUCAAUUUGAUUGAAAGAAUGGCAAUUAGUAUCAAUUACCUACCAGAGAAGAUCCAGGAGUGCUUCUUGGACCUUUGUUCAUUUCCUGAGGAUAAAAAAAUCCCUCUAGACGUUCUCAUCAAUAUGUGGGUUGAAAUCCAUGAUAUUGAUGAAGCGGAAGCUUUUGCUAUUGUUGUUGAGCUCUCAAACAAAAAUCUCCUCACCUUGGUGAAAGAGGCACGUGCUGGAGGCAUGUAUAGCAGUUGCUUUGAGAUUUCUGUUACUCAACAUGAUGUUCUGAGAGACCUUGCUCUUAACUUGAGCAACCGUGCGAGCAUUAAUGAACGUAGGCGAUUGGUAAUGCCAAAACGACAGAAUGGACUCCCUAAAGAGUGGUUUAGAUACAAGCACACACCAUUUGAGGCUCAGAUUGUUUCAAUUCACACAGGUGAAAAGAAAGAAGUGGACUGGUAUAAUCUGGAGUUUCCUAAGGCUGAAGUACUGAUUAUUAAUUUCACAUCCAGUGAAUACUUCUUACCACCCUUCAUUGAUAGAAUGCCAAAUUUGAGAGCACUAAUAGUGAUAAACUAUAGUGCAUCAUACACUUGCCUUCACAAUGUUUCAGUUUUUAAGAAUCUGUCAAACUUGAGAAGCCUCUGGCUUGAAAAAGUUUCCACCCCUCACUUAUCAGGCAUUGUCUUGAAAAACUUGAGCAAAUUGUUUAUAGUCCUAUGCAAGAUUAAUAACAGUCUAGAGGGGAAAGAGACAGACCUAGCCCAAAAUUUCCCUAACCUCUCUGAGCUCACUCUUGAUCACUGUGAUGAUGUAACUGAGUUGCCCUCAAGCAUUUGUGGAAUAAAGUCACUCCACAACUUGAGUCUCACAAACUGCCACAAUUUGAACCAACUUCCUGUUGAAUUAGGCAAACUAAGAUCUCUAGUGAUCCUCCGUUUAUAUGCUUGUCCAGAUCUGAAAACACUUCCUCCUAGCAUCUGUGACAUGGUUAGAUUGAAGUAUAUUGACAUAUCUCAAUGUGUUAACCUUGCAUCCUUCCCUGAAGAGAUUGGUAAAUUAGUAAGCUUGGAGAAGAUCGACAUGAGGGAAUGCUCCAUGAUUAGGAGUGUACCAAAGUCUGCAGUGUCAUUGCAGUCUCUGCGACUUGUAAUUUGUGAUGAGGAGGUUUCUGGGAUUUGGAAAGAUGUUGAGAAGGCCAAGCCAAAUGUCCAUAUUCAAGUAUCAGAGCAAUACUUUGAUCUGGACUGGCUUAAAGAGUGAAAAUGGAAAUUAUCUUGAAGGGGUGAAAAUUAUGACACAAUCUUUUUGCUAGUGUGAGGUACCAUACCACAACUUGUGUCAUUUCAAAUGCCAAGUUCCUAAAGUUCAUCAAAGAAUGCAAGUAUCAAAUGGUAAACACAAUCCUGAUUUUGUACCUUAGUCAUUCAUCAAUACUUGAAUAUCUCUGUGUCUCUGCUAUGCUCAUAGCUAGAGCUGCACUUUCUUUUCUAUCAUUUACGGGUUACAGCUGUAGCCUAUAUAUGCCACGGUUUGCAGUGGCAAAUGAUUUGUAUGUGCUUAGUUAGAUAAAAAAAGGGUGGAUUGAAUAACGUCGACAAAAAGAUUUUAGAUAUUACUCUUGCUAAUAAUGCUUAAUUGAUAAAUUAUUUGUAAGUAAUUAUUGUAUCUUUGUUGAAACUAAUAACA